AUGGAUUCCAAUACCUUUGCGAAGCUAUUUUCUGAAUUUCUUACGGACAUGUCCAAGAUUCAGGACUGUUCGACGAAAGUGGCCACCAUGGCUGGUUUUGCCCAUUGUUUGGAAGAAGAACUCCAAAAAGUCACCCUUUUCCAGGGUGCCCUCCCUUUUACCACCAUCGUCAUUGAUCAGGGUCGAUUAAAUUUCUCAAUAUUGGCGAAGUUUUUGAAAGGGGGAAAGGGAAAUGAAAUCGAAUUGCCGGCGGCGGUGGAGGAAUUACUCCCGCGGCGGAGCAGCGACGGCGAUACACUUGGAAAGAGAAAAUUGUCGUCGGAGGAUGACGAGGGUGCGAAGACCUCUCCCAUUUUGUUCGAUAUUGAUCUCAGUGCCAAAAAACCCAACGACACUUUCUAUUCCUUAAAUCCUAACACGAUCGGGGCAUUUUGUCCAUUCAAGAAGGAUGAAUCGGAGACUGACAGGGACGCGCCGCCGGUGGUGCAGACGGAGCUUCUGGAUUUGAAUUCGGCGCCGCCUCCUUCGCCGCCGGAGCCCGUCUGCAAGGGAAAGCAUAAGCUUGUCUGGACGGCAUCGUUGCACCAGAAAUUCGUCGAAGUCGUCGAAUCCCUGGGAGGGCCACAACACGCCACGGCGACGCAGAUAAAUGAACAUAUGAAAACUGAAGGCCUCACCACAUCUCAAAUCGCAAGCCAUUUGCAGAAAUACAGGCACUUACAUCGUAAUAUUACGACAGGGGAUCAUCAAGAAGAUAUGGUAGACCUUUCGAACCGAAGCCCUUCAUUGGACCAUUAUCUUUGCGAGGGCCUUAAAGGUGGAAAGUUCACCGGAGGAGAAAGCCUGGAAGAAGAAGACGAUGACAACGAGUAG